AGUUAAGCACAUCUGGGAUGCGUGUCGGCCAUGUCAUGGAUGGGAACCUGCUCCUGGAGAAGCCUGGUGCAGUGAAGCCAUUCCAUGCAGUGCUGAGAGACCCCAGCUUCUCACCCAUGGGUGUCAUCUUGCUUUCAGCCUCAUUCCCCUUCAUCCCUGUGCACUCCCUCGUGCUGUUCUAUCGCGUUAUCAGGGCUGCAGACAUCACCCUUCACCUCUACCUCAUCCCCAACAAUCAUGGCCUGGAAAAGGCGGUGGACAAGGACGAGAAGAGACGGGGCCAUUCAUUCCUGGUGGACAAACCUCCCCACACCUCCCGGCCACUCAAGUUUAACACAUGGUACCAUGUGUCCAGUUCCUCCAAGGCAGAGAUAAACCCUCAAGUAGGAGCUGAAAUUCGUCUACCUGACGUCGGACAGCCGUCAGCUCUACACCGAGAUCUACACCAAAGACCUGCAGGAGGGAAUGCAGCUCACCUUGACAAAGUCAUCCCAGAAAGGCAAAAUGGAGCACAGCCCUCUCUGGGCCACCUUCCUGAGAGCAAGAGACAUCGAGUCACCAGCUGCCCUUUCCACAUCCUUGUGCACAGGUUUGCUCAUCCAUGACGGAGAGUGGGUUUGGCCUGGAGGUCCAUGUCUUUCUCCAUCCAAAGUGGAGAGAGGGUUUCCUUGCUCACUGCCACAUUCGUGAGGAAGUGCGUACAUCCCAGUCCAGCAUCCAGUCCAGUGGGACAGCACGAGGUCACAAGACACAUCCCCAAAAUGCUGCCCAUGGCUUUCCAAAGGACCUGAUUCUUCCCGCUCCCCAACCCUGCAGAUCCAUCACUCAUGGAGCACCAGCCAUCCUCUUCUCUCCAUGCCUUUUUCCUCACAAGCAUGCCCCAGAGAGCCACGAGAGGAAGGCCAUGAGGGCACAAUGCCAAAGCAAACAGAAGGCCUUCAGAAACCUAGACAGAGAUUGAGAUGAGGAGGACCAGGAUGAGUUUUACCAUGAGGUUGUGAAACUCUCUCUCCUUGCACAAAGACUUGCGUGAGGCGGGAGACAUGAGAUGCCAUGCUAAUAUCUAACAGAAACAGAGAUAAUGGUCCUUCAGUCCUAGCGCAGGUGGGAUGUCUCCUGCUGAGCAUUAGCACCCAACCAUUCAUCUUUCUGCUGUACCAGGGCUGCAUUUUGUGGAGCAACACCGAGAACAGCUGAUU